AUGUUCGAAGUAGGAAACACUGAAGGUUCUAUGGAUGAUAAAAAAUUUCGAGAGGAUCAUUCAAAGAUUAAGGUAGUUUUGAAAUAUUGUUUGGAAAUGUUUCGGAGGAAAUUACAACAAUUUAGAAACGAUGAGCUUGAAGAAGUCUUCACCAUGGGCAUUCGAGUAACGGGCAUAAAAUGGACUAUAUAG